UGAUAUUUCAGCCUGACUGGUUGAACGAAGGCAGAUGAUGUAUGUCGCAAUAUAGGCUACCAGACGCCGCUCGGUAUUAAAUCUCAGAACUUUGCAAGAAAUUUCUCAGUCGAGUUCGACUCCUCGCGCGAGUUCGUCUCUCGAUUCGCUAAUCACAAGAUGAAAUCUUUGUUUUUCUUCGCUUUACUCUUCUCGCUUCAAGGCCAUUCAAAAGCCACGAAAGUCUGCUAUGGUAAAUAUGGCUGCUUCUCGAACGACCCUCCAUUUGACAAGUCCAUGAUAUUAUUACCCUCUGAUCCCGAUUCGAUCGGUACUAGAUUUCUUCUGCAUACCAGAACGAACACACAAAAGAACGUAGUAGAAAUCCUCAACACAGACAACAACGCCUCAAUCGUUAACUCUACGUUUGACCCCUUGCUCAAAGUGAAGUUUAUCGUGCAUGGAUAUACUCAGAAUGGGGAGAGCGCCUGGGUUAAAGAGAUGGCAGUGGAACUUUUGAAGAAGGAAAAGAUGAAUGUGAUUGUGGUCGAUUGGGGACUAGGGUCUAGUGUCCUGAAUCUUUAUGACGUCGCGGCCGGAAACACACGGCUUGUUGGAGCGCAGGUGGCUGAAUUAAUAGACGUAUUGCACCGGAAGUUCCAUGUGCCGUUGACCAAGUUUCAUAUCAUUGGACACAGUCUGGGCGCACAAACAGCGGGCUUUGCCGGCGAAAGACUGGUAAAGAGCGGGAAAGUUAUUGGACGAAUUACAGGUCUGGAUCCUGCGAGACCUGGGUUUGACUUCGAUGACGGGCGAACUAGACUGGACCCGACCGACGCACUGUUUGUUGACGUCAUCCACAGUGACGUAAAGAAUGGUGCAAUCGAUAGCUCUUUGGGACUCCAGCGACCCUGUGGUCACGUGGAUUACUACCCUAAGGGCGGAAAAGAACAACCUGGAUGUGCAACUUCUCACGUCGUUGGAGGUGCUGUCAAUUCCUUUUUGGACCACGGUCAAGUCUCUUUGCCUUGGAUGAUAGCCUGCAAUCACAUGAAGUCAGUGGCCUAUUUCAUUGCCUCAAUCCAUAGCUCAUGCGCGAUGAAAGCUUUCCCAUGUGGCAACUGGGAGGAUUUUCAAGAUGGAAAGUGUUUCUUAUGCCAUGGCAAAUGUUCUCAAAUGGGAUACAAUGCUGACCAAUAUCGCGGGAGCAGGCCUGUGCUAGCGUUUUUGAAAACAGUUAAGCAGGAACCUUUCUGCGUCGGCGACAAUUAUUACCGCGUUGUUUUACAUUCCAAAGCUGGGUCUAACCUGUUCUCAAUCUCCAGCAUUAUUCAUGACAAAAUUUCUGUCAAGCUGAUUGGAAGCAAGGGUACUGUGGAAACAGUCCGCCCGAGAAGUGUAAAACACGGAAAGGAUAGUUUCUUGCUUUCAUCAGCUCGCGAUAUUGGAAAACUGCAAUCUGUCGAAGUCCAACUUAAUGGAUACGCGUCCUUCCUCAAGAAGGUUGUUGUGCACUCCAAGGCAACGAACAAAAGAUACACUGCGUGUUUCAGGAAACAACUGGGAAGCUACUUCUCUUAUCUGAUAUCUUCUAAUUACACCCAGGCCUUCGUGGAAGGGAGACACCGCCGUUGCUGAAAAGGGGAAUGAAUGAUAAUAAGAGCAAACCACGAAAAAAGAGACUAAACAAAGCCUCAAAGUACGAAGGUUGUGUAGCUGCUACCAUCAUCUAUCCAGAAAAAUGCGGAACACUAAAACAUGCUUUUUAAUCUAGCAUUUCGCCAGUCAGCUUACAUCUCUACUUUGGGCGACUAUAGAUGCUACAUUAUCACGCCCUUUUGUUCUCCAAUGUGGAAAAUAUUAUUACUAACGUUUGUCUAGGGAAGAAGUAAUUUCAGUUAGAGGGAUCAUGGAGGGGUUUCCGUAUUUCAAUUUUUUUUCUGAUUUUUUUUUUCUCUUUUUUUUUUUCGAAUUGCCUGUUUAUAACGUAGUAUUGGGAGUCAGCUUUCUCCACUUAGCUCGAACAACUUUGAACGCGUAAUCGUUGUUCACUUUAAUGUCUCAAUAAAGAAACUAAUGGAUAGAG